CUUCACACGUGCCUCUAUAGUACAUCUCAACCGUAUAUUGGAAUAAGUCCCAAUGACAAGUACGGAAGAUAUUCCCCAUACACGGUUAAGAUAGUGGGGCGAGCUUUGUGAGGCACCAAUCCGAACUCUUCACUCUUCGGCGGGUGAAAAUGCUCAACAGACGAAACCGCGAAAGGGAAAAAAAAGCAGAAAGUGUUCCCGGGGUUUACCUCAAACGCUAUCUGUGUACUUUCGUCUGUUAUUAUUUGGUUUUUGGGUGUACUCGUUCCUACGUGAAGAAAAUGAUGUGGGAAGAGUGGGAAUAUCAGGCAGGGGACGACAAAGAAGAAGAGGAAGUGGAGCAAGACGGUCCCGUUGAUUUCGAUUUCCUUUCGCUGUUACCUAAGCCUAAGGACUACUAUAAAAUAUUGGAAGUGUCUUAUGAUGCUACAGAAGACACCAUACGAUCCAACUAUAUCCGUCUUGCAUUGAAAUGGCACCCAGAUAAAAGGAAGGAUCAGGAUGGUGCAACUUCUAGAUUUCAAGAGAUAAAUGAGGCUUACCAAGUUCUAAGUGAUCCUGUUAAAAGGAGGGAAUAUGAUAGUAAAGGGAUGGAACGUGUGUAUGAUUACAACAUCAUUGAGUACCUUAACCGAUAUAAAGGAUUGAUCUUAACAUGCAAUGGCCUUGGAAUCAGAAAUUCGAUCUGGUAAAUAUAACGGGGAGCAUACAAGGGUUGUUGAUGAGGAAAUUGAUUGUGGAUACUUUAGACUAGAGACUCGGGAGUCACUGGAGUUUUGAGGUAAACUAGGUUAUAAGUUAUAACAACCGAUCAAGAGGACAGAACAGCCAAAUAUUUGUAUUGGCAUUUCACAAAUGUAAUUAAUCUUUUGAAGAUCUUGGCAUGUGUCACUCUUGCCAAUAGUUUAUGAUAUGGAAUGAUGUUCCAUUUCUUUCUCA